CCACCUUCACGGCGACCCCACCCAAUCCAUGCACACCUCCAAACGCAGCUCUUGGAGGCUAUUGAGCCCCUCCAACGCGGACUGACGGCUACGCCGAGCGAUGUAGAGCGCAUCGAGGGCCUGGUGGUCGAGUUGGAGGGACGAAACCCCACGGCAGCUCCCGUCAACAGCCCCCUGCUGAAUGGACAGUGGGAGCUCCUGUACACCACCUCAGACUCCAUCCUUGGAAGGAGUCGCCCGUCCUUCUUGCGACCCAAGGGCCCUAUAUACCAGACCCUGGACAACGAGAGCCUGCGUGGCAAGAACAGAGAGACGACACCCCUUUUCAAUGCUGUCGAAGCCGAGCUGGAGCCCAUCUCAGACAGCGAGGUGGCUGUGCAGUUCAAGCGCUUCUGGCUGGCUGGCUUCAUCCCCGUCCCUGCGCCAGCCAGCGCCAGAGGGAGGCUCGACACCACCUACCUCGAUGAAGACCUUCGUAUCUCCAGGGGAGACAAGGGCAACCUCUUUGUGCUGCGCAUGAAUGAUAAGAACGCGGUCUUACGCUGA